GCCGUGAAUAUUUUUCUCCGGCAUCAAAAGCAGCAUAAAUACUAAAAGUGUCGUAUAUUUUGUAUCUCCUUCCAAUAAUAAUUCGAUAUCAUAAAUCAAAAUUGUGACAUGCAACUCUUACUGCGGCCUGGUAUGCUCCAGCAACUCAAACUGUUUUUUGGAAGGCGUUUUCUAACACAAAGUGUAACCGGCAUCCAGGUAUCAGAGCUUACAAAUGAUGUGAAACGUCAAAUUGAGAUCCAUUGGCGCGCGCAAGUUUCACAGGGACAGUUUGAUCCAUCACGUAGUGAUAAGUUUUAUGUACUGUCAAUGUUUCCAUACCCAUCUGGUACCUUGCAUAUGGGACAUGUACGUGUCUAUACCAUUAGCGAUACUGUAGCACGCUUUCAUCGUAUGUGUGGUAAAAAUGUGUUCCAACCUAUUGGUUGGGAUGCUUUUGGGCUACCGGCUGAAAAUGCUGCUAUACAGCGCGGCGUAGAGCCAGCCACAUGGACAGAGGCAAACAUAGCACAAAUGAAAGAGCAAUUGCUAGCACUGAGUUGUUCAUUUGAUUGGAAACAUGAAAUGUGUACUUGUUCACAAGAGUACUAUAAAUGGACGCAAAAAUUGUUCUUGAUGCUUUAUAACAGCGGAUUGGCUUAUCAAAAUGAGGCUUUAGUCAAUUGGGAUCCAGUCGAUAAUACUGUUCUGGCUGAUGAACAGGUGGACUCAAAUGGUUGUUCAUGGCGUUCAGGUGCAAAAGUUGAGAAAAAAUUGCUUAACCAGUGGUUUAUACGUACCACUGCGUAUGCCAAAUCGUUAUUGGAUGGACUGGAAGAUCCAGUACUUCAAGACUGGCGUGAUAUCAUAAAUUUGCAGCGCCACUGGAUUGGUGAAUGUGAUGGUUAUGCAUUUCAACUGCUUACAUCGGAUGCAAACUCCUUACGUGUUUGGACAACACAUCCGGAACAUUUAAAAGACCCAAAUUUAUUUAUAGUUAUCAAACAAAAUCAUUACCUAUCGAAGUUACCUAAUGCACCACGUUUAACGGUCGAAAAUCCGUUCGCUGGUACAGUCAUACCAGUAAUUUUUAGUGAUGCACCUAGUUUUGCUGAGCACUGCGACGUAUAUUUAGCUGCGCCAAGUUUUCGGGAGCAGGACAAAGAAUUGCAAGAAAAAUUUGGAUUGACCUUUUUUGCUCAUACAAAUACUCACCUCCCAUUGAACCCAAAACAUGCACGAGAAGAAGUACUAGAAGCGGCGACACGUUUAAAGAUAGGUGGCUAUCGCGUUUCUUCAAAAUUGCAAGAUUGGUUGAUAUCACGUCAACGCUAUUGGGGCACUCCCAUUCCGAUAAUUCAUUGUAAUAAAUGUGGCGCUGUGCCUGUACCUGAAGAACAGCUGCCUGUAGUGCUUCCAGAGAAAAAAGUGCUUGAGGAACAACGUGAGGAUGCAUUGCGUUGCACGUGCCCCAAUUGUGGUGGCACAGAUGCGCAGCGUGAAACGGACACAAUGGAUACAUUCGUCGAUAGUUCGUGGUAUUAUUUGCGUUUCUUGGAUCCAAGCUAUAACAAAGAUAUGGUAAAUAAGGAUCUCGUCAAAAAAUCUAUGCCUGUUGACUUGUAUAUUGGUGGCAAAGAACAUGCGGUGCUGCAUUUAUAUUAUGCGCGUUUUGUAAACCACUUCCUGCAUGAUUGUGGACUAUCACCGACUUCUGAACCGUUUUCUCGACUGCUUGUGCAAGGUAUGGUUAUGGGGCGCUCUUUCAGGGUUAAGGGUUCAGGACGAUAUGUAACAGAAGAUCAGGUUGAAAUUGUUAAUGCUAAAAAGAACCAGGCGCGACUGAAAGAUACCCAUGAGCCUGUUGUGAUGACAUGGGAAAAAAUGUCUAAAUCGAAGUUAAACGGUGUCGAUCCAACAGAUAUGUUCAAGGAGUACGGCACCGAUACCACACGUCUCAUAUCACUGGCUGAUGUGGCGCCCACAUCGCACAGGAAUUGGUCCAGCGCUACCUUUCCUGGAAUACUUAAUUGGCAAAAGAGACUUUGGUUAACUGUAAACGAUUUUCAUGAGGCACGUACUGCGCCUAAUGAACCUGAAGAACAAAAAAUUGACACGGAAGGUGAAUCGUUCAAGGCCGAAGAUGCAAAGUUGUUCGAUGCGCGUAAUUUCUACGUGAAAGGUGCCACAUUUAAUUAUCGCCAUACACAUCAAUUAAGUGUCGCCAUCUCUAAAAUGCAAGGCCUUACGAAUUCUUUGCGACGUGCUCCCAAACAUAUUGUGCGUUAUAGCCCACAGUAUGAACGCGCAUUAGCUAGUCAAAUUAUUAUGCUCGCGCCGAUGGCACCACAUUUUGCUUCGGAGUUGUGGUCGAAAUUUGUAACUGUGCCGAACAGACUGAACUCAUCAACGCCAGAACUACAAUGGGAACGCAAUGUGCUGGAACAAAGCUGGCCCGAUAUUGACGCGGACUAUAAACUGGAUUUAACAAUCAAGGUGAAUGGGUUUGAAAACUGUGCCAUAAAGAUAGCGCGCAAUAAUUUGGAUAGCAUCACAUAUAACGAUGCAAUGGACAUUGCCUUCAAUACACCAUCGGUUACUUCAUAUUUAACUGAUAAGAAGAUACGUACGACAAAUUUCGUUUUAUAUCCGGGGAUAGAGGCUAUAUUAAAUAUUUAUGUCGACAAAAUUAAACAGUCCACUGCGCAAGCAGCUAACUCAAAUGAAGAGGUUUUUAGCAAAUAAUUUUGUAUAUAAGUAGAGGUGUUGAUAUGGUUGUAAAUAGGCGCAAUACAAAAGUACUAAUAGUUGCAUAUGUAGAGUUAGUUAUAAUGAGUCGAAAUCUUAUUUAUUAAUUUUGUUGCUGUUAAUUUAAAAAUUAAUUAUAAAAAUGGUAAUCAUGGUUUGUUUAAUAAAUACGCAUU